AUGGAGAAAAAUGCUUCUUUCGUCGACACUGCCUACUGCGAAGCCCGCAGUCAGACCGAGGAGCUGGUGCGUGAGUGUGAUGACAUUGUGCUCUUCCGAUCCACGCAUUGCCCGAUGGCCCUGAAAGCAGCGGCUAAGCGCUAUAUGGCGCUUAGUCAAGGCGUCAUGCUCAAUGCUCUCCGCAGCCAGAUGCCGGAGCUGCCCGUGCAGGUGCUGGGGCUGGCAGCAAAGAGCUGCAUGAACUGCAUGAGCCUUCGUCUUGUGAACAAGAUGACACUUCACUGCACUCAGACAGUCGCCGUCAAUGCAAUGUUCCGUCCAUGA